GCCAUGUUGUGUGUGGCUUCAUGGCGUUGGAAAAUUACUUGGUGGUUGGCUGUUUGUGUAGAAGGGUCCUGAGGCUGCCUUAGAGGAGAGGAGGGGCCUAAGGCAACCGACCCGGCGUCUUCUCAUUUCCCACUUCCCGGGGAAGGGAAAGAGUUGCUGGCCCUCGUCUCAACCCCGGCUAAGGAACUUAGGAAUGAUUGGUGGGGAUCCCAGGUUUUGCUUUGUUCUUCAUUGCGGGGGCUUAGCGGAGACUCUGUUGUCUUAAUCCUGAUUUCUUGGGGAGCCAUUCCAAUAAUGUUUGCUUCAGAAAGAUUCUGAUCUGGAAGUUGGCUAAUGGACUGCCUGACUGAGAAAGGAACGAGGCUGGAAAUGAAAGGGGAAAGAGGGAGAGUCCCCACCACUGUCCUCAGGAUAUACAUCAUAUAUUAGAACAACAACACCAGGAACUAAAUGUUCUGUUUCAUCCUGUACUUGCUGCCCAGAAAGUAAAUAAAGAUGCUGACCUGCAGUCAGUGGUUUAUAUAUUCUUCAUGCAAGAGUAAUGUGUUAAAGGAAAAAAGUAAACUGUGUUAAUCUGACUUUGAAGAAAGUGGAGACAAAUUAGAGAUGAUAUACAACUGCUAAGACAAGCCUGGAGAUUCUUUAACAUUUGGAAUCCAUGGAAGGCAUAUAAUCAUUCUUCUGUGGGAGGAAGGAAGUUUAUAGUGUUAGCUGCUCAACUGAGUCAUUGCAUAAAGAAUCACCGUGCUAAGCAAAGUUUCUAAUCUGUUUUCUACCAGCUUCAAAAAAUAUGUUCUGAGUUAUUGAUUCAAGAUUAAUUACAAGAAGUGGAAUUACUACUAAGUCAGAGUAUUCCAUAUUGGAAGAAGCUAAUCUUUAUAAAUGAAAAAAAUGCCUUUGUUUAGUAAGUCACACAAAAAUCCAGCAGAAAUCGUGAAAACUCUGAAAGACAACAUGGCCAUAUUGGAAAAACAAGACAAAAAGACAGACAAGGCUUCAGAAGAAGUGUCAAAGUCUCUGCAAGCAAUGAAAGAAAUUCUGUGUGGUACAAAUGAAAAAGAACCCCCAACAGAAGCUGUGGCUCAGCUAGCACAAGAACUCUACAGUAGCGGGCUGCUGGUGACCCUGAUCGCUGACCUACAGCUGAUAGACUUCGAGGGGAAAAAAGAUGUGACCCAGAUAUUUAAUAACAUCCUGAGAAGACAGAUAGGCACUCGGAGUCCUACUGUGGAGUACAUCAGUGCUCACCCUCAUAUCUUGUUUAUGCUCCUCAAAGGAUAUGAAGCCCCACAGAUUGCCUUACGUUGUGGGAUUAUGCUGAGAGAAUGUAUUCGACAUGAACCGCUGGCCAAAAUCAUCCUCUUUUCUAAUCAAUUCAGAGAUUUCUUUAAGUAUGUGGAAUUGUUAACAUUUGAUAUUGCUUCAGAUGCCUUUGCUACUUUUAAGGAUUUACUAACCAGACAUAAAGUGUUGGUAGCAGACUUCUUAGAACAAAAUUACGACACAAUUUUUGAAGAUUAUGAGAAAUUGCUUCAAUCUGAGAAUUAUGUGACUAAGAGACAAUCUUUAAAGCUGUUAGGUGAACUGAUACUGGACCGACACAACUUUGCCAUUAUGACAAAGUAUAUCAGCAAGCCAGAAAACCUCAAACUGAUGAUGAACCUCCUUCGAGAUAAAAGUCCCAACAUACAGUUUGAAGCCUUUCAUGUCUUUAAGGUAUUUGUCGCCAGUCCUCACAAAACACAACCUAUUGUGGAGAUUCUAUUAAAAAAUCAACCCAAGCUCAUUGAGUUCCUGAGCAGCUUCCAAAAAGAUAGAACGGAUGAUGAGCAGUUCACUGAUGAAAAGAACUACUUGAUUAAACAGAUUCGAGACUUGAAGAAAACAGCCCCUUGAAGAGCUCACUCAGAUUCUUGCCACACUCACUGUCUCAUUUGGUGUUGUACAGAAGUAUCAUUUCAAACAUAAUCAUUCUUGGGCAGGCUUUCAAGGUGCCUACUUUUUCUCAAUUCAUUGUUGAGAGUAGACAGAAUAUAAAUAUUUGAAUGAAAAAAAAAUUAACCUAGCACAAUACAUUCAUUUUAAUCAAGUCUGUGAUUAUUUAUGCAAAAUCAGAGCCAUUAUAUGAGACAUUGAUAGAAGCAAUUUUAACCCUUUGUUUUGACAAAGCCAUCAGGGCCAAGGGCUUGCAGGCCUGAGCCUCCAGUCACCAUGAGUCACCAACCAGAAUCCCAUGUUGAAUAACCUGAGUCCUCAACAAAAACAAGUUAUCAGAGAAAUGGACAUGAGGCAAGAAGCACAAAAUCAUUUUGCUUACCUGCACUUGACAAGUAGAUUUCUUAAAACAUAAUGAAAGAACUGAAAAUAACAUUCAUGUUUUCAGUCAUAUUCUUGUUCCCUGCCCCUGUCUGUUGACUGAAACUAACCUCCCUGCUCAGCCUUCCUUUUGCACUCCUGACUCAUGGCACACAUACCCCCUCCCUCCUGCAGUCCGGUUAGCAUGUACGUAAAGUAAACUAAGUAAAAUAGGAUGGCUUAACAAGGGUCACAGUAUGUAAGCAGAUGACCCCCAGGGGAUGGCCAGCUCUCUUGAGACUUAGGCAGUUAAGAACCACAGCUCCAGCUCUUGUCAUUGCUAUUUCAUGCUACCUUCUGCAGGGUUAGUGAAUGUUUGGGACAUUUCAGAAACAGUGUCAUCUUGGGGGACAGUUUCGUUUGAUGAUGACAUAUAUUUUAGAAUAGGAAUCAUUGCACUAGGAUGCCUAGCAUGUAUAAAACCAUGAGUCUAGAGGGUUAUACUGGUCUUUAGCCCACUUUUGUAAGGAAACAUUCCCAUUAAUAGGGCAAAUGAUUGAAUGCAUAAAAAUAUUCUCAAAUGGCAAAUUAGUUUUCAGUUAAUUUUUCAUCACUAAUUUUUCAUCAACACCUUUAGUGUCAAGGUAGAAAACCUAUAAAACUCUGGCCCCAAAUUUCUCGUAAGCCAGCAUGAUUAAGGCAUGGAGCAACAGCAAAAGAACAUGAUUUGUUUUCAGAUGGCAAGUAUAUAAAUUGGAUUUUAAAGAUAUAUUUGCAGAGCACUCAAGGUACAGUUAUUAAUCUGUGAUUGUUCAUAAGUCUUCUGUAUCCAGAUCAUUAAUUGCUGCCUUUCAUAAGAACUCUUGGUUUUUCCAAAUUGGGUGCUGUGUACUUCAACCAGAUGCUUUUCUUCCUAGAGAGGGAGCUUUCUCCCUCUAGGAAUCCUUCUCCAGCAUCGGUACGCUCUGUUGAUACUGCAUCUGAAGGGUUACCUGGUGAGGUUUCAUCCUUCUUGGCUGGGGUGCAGGCUCGUGUUCGCUGCCCAGCUUGGAUCCUGGGGUAAUGGUGCAAGAGCUGUGGACCCUGUAACAGCUCUGGCCAUGAUGACCUUAAUCUUUAGUCACUGAAGUCGGAUCAUUUUUAUAACAUUCCCUGACAGUCCUGAAUCUCUUAGAAUUUAGCUCUCUAGUUUUGCCUCUUUGAUAAAAAGAAUCACCAGGCAUGUAACUGUUGAACAUUUAUUUGGUUGCUUAAUACUAUUCUACAACAUCAUGAUACACAUGUUUUCAAUUGGAAAGCAAGGCUUUGUUUUAAUUCUUUUUUGAUAAAUAAAACAUUUUAUUUCC